GAACAUUAAACCCUACCUUUAUAUCUUUUUACAAAAAUGAGUACAAGUAGUAGUGGUAAUAGUUCAUUAAAUAAUAGUACUAAUAACAUUGGUGGUACAUUAUCAGCAUCCUCUUCAUACAAUUCACUAAACUCAUUGACAUCACCUCCAAAUACCAGCAGUUAUAAUAAUGUAUAUCUAAAUAAUAUUAAUAGUUUCAAUAAUAAUAGUAAUAAUAAUAAUAAUAAUAAUAAUACUAGCUUCAGUAAUAAUAGUAGUUAUAAUAGUGAAUAUGUACCAUUAUGUUUCAACAAGGAUGUAUUUAUAUCAAAUACAUUUGAUGUUGAUACAUUUAUAAGUGACUGUAGAAAACGUGUAAAUUUAGAAAGUGUUCAAAAGGAUCUUAGAGAAUAUAGCAGACAUUUAGAUUCAGAGUUAAUAGAAUUAAUUAAUAAAGAAUACCAGUCAUUCUUUUCACUGUCAUCAUCAUUGAUAGGUUUUGAUGUUAUUUUAAAUGAAUUUAUCAUAACACAAUCGUCAAUUAAAUCAGAAAUUUUAUCGUUUAAAAAUGAAGUAAAUAAAGUUAGGGAAUGUGUUGAAGAAAAAUUAAAUGAAAAGAAAUCGAUUGAUCAAAAAAAGAAAUUAUUGCAAUUAUAUAUUUCAAUACUAGAGACUUUAGGGAAUAUGAACCAUUUAUUUGAUCAACUAUUUCAAUUAACACACCCAGACGAUUUUAAAAAACCACAAAUUCAAAAACCAAUUGAUCCUAAUAAUGGUGAAAAAGAUGUUUUGGAGUUAUUAAUUGAGAGAAUUUCAAAUUCAUUUUAUCAAAUUCAAAACCAAAUGUCAUCAUUAUCACAAGAAGAGUUAAACUAUAAUAUAUUCCAAUCGUUAGCUUUUAAAAUAAAAGAUUUAGCAAAUAAGAUUGAGGAAAAAAUUGAACCUAUUUUUAAAGAGUCAUUAAAGAGAUUUAUUAAUAAAGAUCAACAGCAAAAAGAAAUUAAUGAAAAGGAAAGAAAUGAUGAAAAAAUAUUGUUGGCAUGUUUAAGAUGUUUCCAAAUUAUCGAUAAAAUUAAUAUACCAUACAAAUUAUUUAGAUCUUUAAUUUUAAAACCAAAAUUUUCACAAAUUAUAACUUUAAGAAAUUUAGAAAUUAAUAAAUCAACAACAGACGGCUUAGAACAAAUAUAUAAUGGAUUAUUAGAUUUCUUAACAACUACCUGCACACCAUUUUUCAAUAUUUCAAAUUUAACAAAUAGUAAUUUAAUCAAUGAUAGUAAAUCACCUAAAUCAACAACCCCUUUAUCAUUAUCUUCUUCAUCAACAUCAAUUUCAAGUGUUAAUAGUAACAGCGGCAUAGGUAAUGGCGGCAAUAAUAUAUUAAAUAACUAUAACUUCUUUUCAGAAUCAGUGCUACCAGAAAUCGAUGAGUCAUUGGUCCAUUUUAAACAAAUUUUUGCCACUGGUAUACCCGACUUAUUUUACAAAAAUUACUAUUUAACAUUCAACUUUAUUCAAGCUAUUGAACUAAAUUUCCUAACAACAUCUUCCAAUACAAAUAAAGACCAAUUAAUUCAAUUUAGACAAUCACCACACUAUACAAGUUUAUGGAAGAAAUGGAAUUUUGCUGUUUAUUUCCAAUUAAGAUUUACCGAUAUUGCCACAAAUUUUGAAUUCAAUUAUUUGAAUAUACCGCUAUUUGAUCAAUUGGUUAUACCUGGUGGAAAGGAACAACAGGGAACUGUAUCAUCUACAUUCUUUAUGAAGUCAUCAGAUGGUUUAUGUGUAUCAUUAGAUAAAUGUUGGUCAACCAAUUCAAUUUUUAUAUUUGAUUUAUCUUCAAAAUUCUUUAGAUUAUUUUUACAACUCAUCUCAAGAUAUGACAGCUAUAUAUCAGAUACAUUAAUACCUUUAGAGCAAGAGUUAAAAAUUCAAAAAGAACAGGAGCAGUUACAACAAGAGCAAACCCAGCAACAACAACAAACAUCACAAUCUACAUCUGAAGCCACAUUAAACAUUUUACAAAAAUAUUCAAAUAUAACAUCACCAAAUAUUUCUCAAAGACCCUCACCUAAUCAAGCUCUUAGUAAUAAACAAGCAUCGCCUGAUAAUUUUGUUUACGUUUUAUCUGAUAUACUUCAAGUUAAAUCAAAAAUAUCAACAUAUUAUAGGGAUUUAAUUUUAAAAACAAUUGGAAAACAUCAGAAUGAAAAUGAAAUAAUAAAUUUAAUUUCAAAUGGUAUUUUAGAAAGUUGUAAAACAUUGGAUCAGUUAUUGCCAAGAAUUUCACUUUUGAUUACAAAUCAUUUAAUUAAUAAAUGUUCAGAUAGUUUACAAUUUAUUAGUACUAUUCGUUCCACAUAUCGUAUGACCAAUAAACCUCCACCAACUCAAGCAUCAGCAUAUGUUUCAAGAAUUAUAGAACCAUUACAAUUAUUUUUAAAAAACAAAGCAGCUCCAUCUCAUAUACCAUCUGAUAUUAAAUUAAACUGGGCUAUACUUGUAUUAACACCAAUAACAGAAGGAUUUAAAAAUGAAGCUAGCAAUGUUAUACAAUCAGUCACACAAUCUAACGAUAUAUUAAAUAAAAUGGUAAAAAGAAAUAAGCCAACAUCAUCCUCAACAAACGAAAUGUCGGACAUAGAUAAAAUUUCAAUCCAAUUAUUUUUAGAUGUCGAAAAAUUUGGAAAUUGUAUAAAAGAUUUAGGAAUUGAUUUAUUAUCAUUCUCUCAAUAUUUAUCUUUAAAAGAAUUGGUAGAACCAUUUAAAAAAUUAAUAAACGAUCAAAAUAAAUAAUUAAAUAAAUAAAAAAAAAAAUAAAAAUAGUUAUUUG